AUGAGGCCUGUUGCUGGAAUUGGCAUGGUUUCAAAAGCAACAGGCCAUAAGCACUCUCACGAAUUUGGGCUCGUCCAGGCGAACGCUCGCUCCGAUACUGUCGAAUAUAUAACUGGGUUGGGAUUCCAGGAAAAGGAGAAGACCACCCUCAUCGCCAUGGAUCCCCUCUCUAUUAGCGCGAGCAUUAUUGCCAUCGCAACACUUGCUGGACAAACCUGUUCCGUCCUCUCCGACCUGCGGGCGCUCUGUCAAAGCUUGCCCGGUCGGCUCCACGCGGUGAAUAAUGAGGUUGCUGACCUCAAUCUUGUCCUUCUUCAGUUGUCCUCCCUCAUAGAUGACCGGGCUUGUCUGCCGGAGAGCGAGCUGUCAGCUAUUCCUCAUAUUUUGAAGCAAGCAAACAAAAAAUUAGUGGAAAUCAAAACCAUCGUUGACCAGCUAUCUGCCGCCUGCCGUGUGUCUCGAAUGGCUGUCUUCAGGGCACAUGCAUGGAAAAAGGAGCAGGGCAGGUUGCAGACCCUGCAAGAGGAUAUUCGAACGGUCAAGGCCAAUAUCAAUAUCAUCCUCGGGACUUCCAACUCACAAGACAUGACGAAGAUCCGGCUCGAAAUUCAAGCGAUCUCUACUAUCGCUAUGCAAUCUUCUCAAGAGCAACUCGCCCUGAAAACGAAUUUUCUGAGCGGGCUUGCUGCUGUUGACGAGCGUAUAGCUCGAGUUGAGGAGAUGUUACGUGUACAGGCUGAUCAAGUCAAGGCCAGCCAGCUCACGCAAGUGGGUUCAACCUACGACAUGUCAACAACUGCUCGAAGGCAGCCAGUUCGGCCGUCCACUAAAGAGGCGUACCCGAUAACACCGCGAUCCGAUGGGAUUGGUAUCCGCGUAACUCCCUUCUCCACGACUUGCCGGUCAGGAUGCCACUGUGCGUGCCAUUUGCACCAGAAAAAGACCAGUCCUGCGCUCGUUGGCCGCGUUCUUGGUUGCCUGUUCGUCGGAUAUGCUGGCAUUCCGCUCCUUAGUCCAAAGUGCACUGUCCAGUCGUGCAACAAGUCCAGGGCGAGGUCUUUAUCUUUGGAAUACUGGUUUCCUCUAGGUUCGCUGUCGUCUGCCAUUCUAAGACUGCAAGUGGGUUAUCAGCCGAAUAUCGGAACGCUUCUUCAUUUAGAUACGCUAAGAAGGGUCCCGGACACGGCACAGUGCGUCAGCUUUGCCUUGAGCGGUGACAUUGAGGGACUGAAGCAUCUCUUUGUCAGUGGAUUAGCUUCCCCCCGCGACAUCAGCUCCACUCGAGGUUAUUCAGUCCUUCGAUGGGCUCUCUACGGGAAACAGUACGAGACAUGCAAGUUCUUGAUCCAAGCCGGGGCCGAUCCCGACUAUAGGCCAAUUGCCGCAAGCGACAACAGCCCAAGGAACAAGGCUUGUCAUUUCCUUCUUGAAGGCGGACUGUCUGACACUGCUGUUAACGCCCUUCGCACCAUUACUCAGGGCGGAUAUCUGGAAGACUUCGUUGAAGAAGCGGGAUUUACGAAGACCCAUAAAAUUGUCUUAGGACUGUCGACACUGGACUUGGAAGACGAAAUUUCUAGGAAACCGGGAGAUGUUAACGCAGUGGACGCGAUGGGACGAACACCACUGGCCUGGGCGGCAGCACGAGGAGAUACACGAGCGAUCGUCACAUUGUUAAGUCAUGGUGCGAAUCCAAACAUAAUGGAUGUCCAAUUCUCCGGCCCCUUAUCCAAUGCGGCUGCCCAGGGCCGGACAGUCGCGGUUCGUUUGCUUCUGGAAGCUGGCGCACACACUGACUUUCAGAUUCCCAACGGCGAGAAGAAAGGAAGCCCUCUCAACUGCGCUGCCCGAAACGCUACGGACGCUCUGUUGUUAAAAAGCCUUCUCGACUUCGGCGCGGAUGUGGAUGCAUGUGGAACCGAUGGGAAGACAGCCUUGAUCCACGCGGCGCGAACCGACAACGCGAGUUUUGCUAUGCUGUUGCUUGAGUACGGCGCAGAUAUUAACGCUAUAUCCGUCGAUGGCUCGACGGCUCUUACGACUGCCAUCGCAUAUAAUAGUCACAAUGUCUUACGGCUAAUUCUUGAUCGAUGGCACGAAUACUCCAUUUGCCCGCGACUCCGAGGCCCACAUCUACUUCAGGUUGCGGCGCUGCAUGCCGACAUUGAAACUCUUCAUAUUUUGGCCACCACGGAUCAUCUCAGAAUGAAAUACGACAAGGGAUACACACUUGGCGAUUUUGGCAAUUGCUUACGACAGCGCCCCGACUUGACAGACGGCCUGGCAAACACUUUCGAUGAGCUGCUGAGCAUCAUCAAUCACCUGCCAAGCGCUGAUCGCAGCCCAAGGGGUGCUUCAAGAGCAGGAAUGUUCUCGUCCUUUUCGCCACGUGCCGACUCUGAUUGCGAGGCCUUAGACGAACCCAGCAGUGCUUGUAGUUGCGAUAGCUUCCGCGAUGCCUUCGAGGUUUUCCCUCAGCAGAACCACAUGGCUUGA